AUGCGAUGCUUAUUGUCUUCCUAGCUAAUAGGUUUUAGAUUCUGAUUACAAAACACACAGAAUCUUAUCAUGAUUAAUUAGUCCCGUAGUGAUAAUAUACAGCUUGCUAGUUAUUAAUCUAUCUAUGUUUAUCAAAUUGAGGUAUGUAUGUUACCAAAUAUUAGAUCAAUUAUUGUAUCCUAUAUUGUAUAGCAUCUUCCUUGUAUGAGAGAGUCUUUAAUAAUUAAGCACUACAUUGAUUUGGUAGAGUAUUAGCAUUAGCAUUAUACUCUACAUUAUCCAAUCAACAUUCGUUAGAAAAAUAUUUAGAAAAUAUUUGCAUUUAUAAUUUAUAAAAUUAAGGAAAAUAUAUAAUUUAGUUAUUUAUUUUAUUUAAUACUACCAUACAAUUAUUUUUAUAUUCAGAAAAUAAAAUUUUAAUUUCUAAAUUAUAUUAUAUUUAAAUGUGAAAUAUUAUUAAAAUUAGAUAUUUUUAUUGGAAUUUUUUUUAAAAAAAUAAUAAUUUUUUGAUAUAAACAUAAUUUUGAAAUUAUUAAAUAAAAUAAAUUAAUUUUUAUCUUUUUGAUUUUUAUAUUAAUAUAUAUAUAUUAAAAAUAUUUAUUAGAAAUAAAUACAAUAUAUAUUAAUUUUUGCAAUAAUUUUGAAUAACAUAUUCUACCAAUCAUUAUAUUAAAUAAUUUAGCAAAAACAUACAGUUUUUGCAACAUUCUGCUUCUAUAGCAUAUUAAUACCGCUUCAUCAUUUGUUAUGCCAAUCAAGACCUACGUAUCUAUCUUUCUAGUUUAAUGUAGUGUCCAAUUAAUAAAGGAAUCAACAAGUUCUUAUUUUUAGUUAUUUUGAAAGAAUGGUUAAAGUACCAUGCAUGUUUUCGUUUUGUAUAAACUUAUAUUUAGAUAUGUUAUUUAUGAGCAGUUUUCAUCUUUGGUUAUGGUUGUGUGAGAAACAACAAUGUAAGAAAAUGACAAGUCGAAGCAUGCAUGGUAUGCUAAAAAAAACAUCACUAUCGUAUAACUCUUAUCUAGAGGAAACCAUUUUCGAAUUUAGUCAAGCAUCACGUAACUAUUUACAUGGUAUAGAAAAAUAUGUCUUGUCUUUUACCAAAAAAAAAAAAAUAUGUCUUGUACGUUCUAAUUUAUUUAAUUAUCUCCAUAUUUCCCUGACCUGGUCUUUUAAUCUUUCCACGUCUCAUCAGUUAUCUGCAUGAAAAGCAGCCAAGUAAAUAAAUAAGAAAGUUUAAAAUGAAAGAAAAAUAAACAUUGCUAAAUAUAAAAUAGAAAAGCCAAUUAUAUUUGAUCAAAAAAAGAAGAAGAAGCUAAUUCUAUAAAUAAAAAGCUUAAAUUAGUACAACUUCCAGUCAAAAGGUCAAAAUAAUCGGAAAACAAAGAAUUUUUGGGUCAAACUCCAUUACAGGUCAACCAAGUCACCACUUAAGUGGGACCAAUUUCUCCACGUCAACUCAAAAUACAAACAUUUUCUCCAAUCAUGACACGCCGCAUCACGUUUAAAAAAACUCUAGGACCAGCGCCUUUAACGAGUAAUUUCCACGUAGCAUUUUUCAAGGCCUUAACUCACACCAGCUUAUAUCAUGCACAUACGUACACAAAUACAUACACACAUUUAACCAAAAUUAUAUAAAUUGGUUACCGUAACUUCCAUAACCUCCAAUUCUCCAGAAAGCUGUAAGAAACUUUCUUAUCUUCUCUGUCUUUAACAGAAUUGUCAGUUUUUGUUCUGUUUAAUUAACUAUUAUCCGUUUUUUUAUAUCUUAAUUUUGUGGAUUUCUUGUUCAGACAUCACCCCUCCCACAUUCGAGAAAGCAUUCAAGAAGCCUCGUUCAAUGAUUUCUCCCUUUCUUGGGAAAUUUUCCCAGAAAAUCUUGGUAUCACGUUGGAGUCCAUAAAGAAACGUACAUAAGGAUGUCGCAGGACGUAAUCUCGUCUCAUGAGCAGCUCUCCAUGGUAACUCUUCGCUUUUUUUUUCUUAAUCGUCAAUGAGUCAAUGACUCCCUGAUUUAUAAACCCCUGAAUGCAUGGUUUGUGUUUUUAUCGAAAACAUAAUUAAUAUAUAUAUAUAUAUAUAUAUAUAUAUAUAUAUAUAAUUCUUUGAAUGUGUUGAUUAAUUAGGUAUAAGAAGUUCUAUAUCUUACUUUUCUUAAAUGGUCAAAAACAUUUUAUCCUAAAAACAUAGUAUGAUAGAGGGAGAAUUUUAUAUUUGAUUAUCGUUGAUAUAAAAACUUUGUAAUGACAAAGAAUUUUGAAUUUUCAGUAAAAAAUAAAUUUAUGCAUGAAAAAUGGUUGUUAUUCUUACUAUGCCUUUAAUUUUUCUUUUAUAAAAAAUAUCUGAUGUUAGUUCUUACCAGGCAAUGUUUAUAAUUUGUGGACGUAAAAGAAACACCGGAAUCCAAAAACUUUCCUUUUAUGGAAACUGUCCCUCCUUGUCGUUAAUUAAUUAUUUUAUCUAACUGGAUUCCUCUUGAUAAAUGCCACAAAGAACGAACGAGAUCUGAUCUGAACGAACGAGAAACUGUCCCUCCUUGUCCACCUCUCUCUAAACGACUGUCUUAAGUUAGAUCUGUUUUUCUUGGUGUGCAACAAGUUAGACCCUAGAAAAUACGACCAUCUUUUCAUGCAAGCCUUCGACGUAUGUCUCAAAAACAUUACCUGUUAGAUAUUUUACCAAUGUUUUUUUUCAGCAACUUAUCUUGUUGUUUUGUUUUGUUUUGUAGGAUGAGAUCACAAGCCCUCUCACCGCACAAAUCUUUGAUUUCUGCGAUCCACAAUUAUUUGAAGAGACCUUUAACCAAACUUCCGAGCAGUUCAAAUCAAGACCAUGAAGACAACAACAAUAACGAUGACAACGGGGACUUAUCGAUCAUAUUCGAUUCACAAGACGAUUUUGAUAACGAUAUCACAGCUUCCAUCGAUUUCUCUUCCUCUAUUCAGUUCCCAGUCUCCGAUCAGCUCCAAGACCAGUUUGAUUUCACCGGUAUUCAACUUCAUCAGCCUCCUAACAUCCUCUACUCUUCAUCUUCUUGUGAUCCUCUGCCUCCUCCUUUAUCGGUUUUCGAAGAAGAUUGUCUUUCUUCUGUCCCAAGUUACAAUCUUGGCUCCCUAAACCCUACUUCUCCUUUCUUGGGUAGUCCCGGUUUACCAGCUUAUAUGGCUGUAACCAAGAAUAUGAUGAACAGCGGUUUACCCAUUGAAAGAUCUGGGUUUUACUCCGGUUUUGGUUCUGAUUUUAAACCGUCACAUGAUCAGUUGAUGGAAACCCAGGCUGAUAACGGUGGAAUGUUCUGCCCAGAUCCGAUCAAACCCAUCUUCGAUACAGGAGAUCAUCAUCUCCAGGUACUUGACGGUGGCGAAAACCAGAACCACCUGGCCAAACCGGUCCUUCCGCAGUUAGGAACAGAGAUAACCGGUUUAGAUGACCCGAGUUUCAACAGUGUCAGCAAACUUACAGCUGAGCAGAGGAAAGAAAAGAUUCAUAGGUACAUGAAGAAGAGAAAUGAGAGGAAUUUCAGCAAGAAAAUUAAGUAUGCAUGUAGGAAGACAUUGGCAGAUAGUCGUCCAAGAGUUAGAGGAAGAUUUGCAAAGAACGAUGAAUUUUGUGAGCCCAAUAGACAAGCUUCUUCUAGUCAUCACGAAGAAGACAAUGAUGAUGAUGUGGGGGUCAAGGAAGAAGAACAAUUGGUUAAUUCUUCGGACAUAUUUUCACACAUAAGUGGUGUCAACUCUUUCAAGUUCAACUAUCCAAUCCAGUCUUGGAUUUGAGUUUACAUAGUCUUAUAAUCACGAAAUAGUAUUUUAUAGAGGUAUACUUGUAUAUUUAUUAGUGCAUUUUUUGGCUAUGACUCAGAUUUUCUCAGAAACAUAUAUUAACAUAAAAAGAGGGAUAAAGGGUUUAGAUAGGCCAUGAUAAAUAAAACUGAAGUGAGGGGGAGUGUUUACGUUACAUAUAUAGAACAUUACAAAGUUU